CCCAACCAACGAAGGCAACGAGUACUAGCCAAUCAGAGGCAGAAAAGGGCGGGUCAUGACUUCGCCUUCCUAAGAAAAUAAAUUUGGCUUCCCAUCCUGUACAUUGCCCCGCCGUGGCGUCACCUGGAAGUAGUUACGCUGGGCGGGAUGACCGGAACAACAAAAUGGCGAAGUAUGAGGAGUUUCGGAGUUAAAGAACUGGGAGUCGACUGAACAGUUUCCAGAUUCCAAGUUGUUCGGUUUGUCUCUACUUGCCAGAUGCAUAAAGCCCACAUAUGUUGAGGAACUGUAAGGAGGAAAGAUAUGCGCAUGAGAACAAUCCAGCAUGGAGCAUAUAUUGAAAGCAGGAGUCAGUCCUGUAACACACACUUCAUUCUAUUGACUGGUGAGGCAGCCGAGUGGAACGACACCAAAACCAGCAUGAAUCUCCAGCAGCCAGCCCCCCUAAUCCCCCCUGUCCACCCUGAUGUGCAGAUGAAGCCUCUGCCCUUCUAUGAUGUGCUGGAUGUCCUAAUCAAGCCUUCAAGCCUAGGAGCAAGCACCGCGCAGAGAUACCACCAAGAAAAAUAUUUUAUCUUUGCCUUGACACCCCAGCAAGUUAGAGAAGUAUGCAUAUCCAGGGACUUUCUACCAGGUGGCAGAAGAGACUAUAUGGUUCAAAUUCAACUGAGGUUUUGCUUGUCAGAGACAAGUUGCCCUCAAGAAGACAAUUACCCAAACAGUCUCUGUAUAAAGGUCAAUGGGAAACUUUUUCCUUUACCAGGUUAUGCACCACCCCCCAAAAAUGGUGUGGAACAGAAGAGACCAGGAAGACCUCUAAACAUUACCUCACUGGUCCGACUCUCCUCUGCAGUGCCCAAUCAGAUUUCAGUGACAUGGGCGCCUGAAAUUGGAAAGACCUACUCCAUGUCUGUGUACCUGGUGAGGCAGCUGACAUCACCGCUGCUCCUGCAGAGGCUGAGGAUGAAGGGCAUCAGAAACCCAGACCACUCCAGAGCUCUAAUUAAAGAGAAGCUGACAGCAGAUCCAGACAGUGAGAUUGCUACAACAAGCCUUCGAGUCUCACUCAUGUGCCCGCUGGGUAAGAUGCGACUGACAGUGCCAUGCCGGGCGGUGACCUGCUGUCACCUGCAGUGUUUUGAUGCUGCCCUUUACCUGCAGAUGAAUGAAAAGAAACCUACCUGGAUCUGUCCUGUGUGUGACAAGAAGGCUGCAUAUGAGAGUCUCAUCAUUGAUGGUUUAUUUUUGGAGAUCCUGAACGACUGCUCAGAUGUGGAUGAAAUCAAGUUCCAGGAAGAUGGAACUUGGUGUCCAAUGAGACCAAAGAAAGAGUCUGUUAAGGUCCCCUCUCAGCCAAUUCCAAAAAUUGAGACCUCAGCUCCUUUGCGCCAGUCUUCAGUGGUUCCACAUUCUACUGAGCCUAGCUCCACCAAGAAGGCUGAUGUCAUUGAUCUGACCCUUGAAAGCUCGUCCUCUGAUGACGAUGAUGAGGAGGACACAGACCCUCCACUGAAGAAGCGUUGUGUUUACAUUUCCAAGAAUGAGGAGAUGCAUGCGAAGGGAGUGUUGACCUACCAGCCUUCCACUGUGCGCAUGCCAAACGUCCAGGGCCUGGACCCAUCAUAUCUGACCUCUACGCUUGCUGACUAUGCAGUCCCCUUCCACCCAUCUACUCUGGCUACCAUCCCCACAGACAUGCAGAGUCUGGAUUUGUUUUCCUUAAUUCAAGCAGAUCCUCAGCAUUACCGGCCUCAGAUGUUCCUGGACAACCUGACGAGCAGCAUGCAGAAUGCAGCUUCUGCCAGCACCAGCUCAGCCCUGGUCUCCUCCUCCAGCAGCCACUAUGAUGACAGCAGCCAUGCAACUAGCUCCAUCCACGAGACCCGGCUUUCCCUCAACCCUGACCCUGCUGCUGAAAAACACCCCCACUGCAAGAUGCUGCCACCACCAUGCUUCACCGUUGGGAUUGUAUUGGGCAGGUGAUGA